AUGAAAUUAUACACUUGUAAAAUAAAUUGCAAAGAUACUACCGAGAAUAGGCACACAAGUUCUACAUUUAGUAACCAGCUAAAAUGUUUGGCAUUACUCUCAACCAUUAAGCCCCUCAUUCUAUGGUGUACGACGAGCUCUAUAUUAUCUUUGAUUGGUGUUUCAUUCUUAUUUUUUAAGUUGGAGAAUGGAAUAAUUACUACAAUAAUCGUAUCAGUAUUUUCAAAUAUAAUCUGCCAGCUUGUUUUUCUCUCUUUGCUAUUUAGCAGAGUUAUGAGUGUAACAAUAGAGAAUUACUUAACAGCAUCUUUUACACUAUUUAAUGAUUUAAUUAUUACGAUUCCAAGAUAUGUUCUUUGGGAAUUAAUUUUUACAUCAAGAUGGAUAUGGCUUUCAUUACAUUUUUUUUGUGCAACAUAUUCAAUCUUUAGAUUCUGGAAUAUUUGUACACUAUUUUUGUUAGAGCUCCCUAUUUUUUUAUCCACGUUUUUUUUCGUUUCUGGUGGAUUAUCAUUUGUUCGUUUUUUUGGAAAGAGCCAAAAUAUUUUCUUGUUGUCAUCUCGAAUAUCAUUAAAACCGAUAAUAAUAAAAUUAAAUUUAAAGGAAAGUAAUGUUCUACUGAAAUUCUAUGAAUUAACUGAUUAUUUUACUUUUAAUGGUGGUUCAGGAAAUAUCAAAAACUCACUUAUUUUUACGAUCUUGACUUUAUUAAUAACAAUCCCUAUAUAUUAUUUUGGAAUAAAUACUCCCGGAAUUUCGAAUUUUUUUAACCUUAUAAAUAAGUUUUAUUCAUUUAGAAUAAGCUUUAAAUUGAGAAAUGAAAUAAAUCCAUUGAUUGUUAAAUUUUACAUUUAUUUAACUUCAUUCUUCGUGGUCUCAUUUUAUUGGUAUUGCAUUGAGUUACAAUCGGCAAAUUUUAGAAAUUUAUCAUUGAUCAACGUGAAUGGAGUGUUUUUAAAGCAUGAUAAAAUAUUAAAUAAUAACUAUUUAAAUGAAAACAUAAUUCCUAGUGACAACUUUAUUCGGUUUAUCACAAACCUCGAAAAGAAAUUUAUAUUCAUUGGACGCAACAUAAAACUAGGACAAAAAGUCUGGAUAAAAGUUUUUUAUUCAUUUUAUUCAAUAUUUGCCAUAUUUACAAUUCUUCCAGUACUAUUUCUUUUUAAUCUACAUAAGAUUGAGUCUUUGAUAAAUAUUUUGAUCAAAACGAUUCCAAUUAAUUCCAAUACAGCCUUUGAAGAAUGGCUUGGCUACGAAUACAGAUUAUUUUUUGUACUAGAAAAAUUACAAAGACAGUUAGAUAACAUAUUUUCAACAGUUCUUUUGCUUGAUUCAUCUAUUCACACAAAGGUUGCUACUAUAAAUAAUAGCGAUUUUAGUUUAGUUGUUCAUUCAACAAUUGGUUUAGAUAAACGGAUCUCAUUUUCUCAGAUAGAUAUUGAUGAUUGGUUUUUGAAUAUUUGUUCAUUAGAUAAUCAAUUAGGAAAGAAAAGCCAUAUUCCAAAAAGCUUUAAUGAAUGGUGGUAUAGUAACGUUUUGUUCUCAGACAGUUUAAAUAAUCCAAAAAUUAAAAACAAGAAAAAAAAUACUUUGUCGGGGUGGAAUAUUAGAGAUUCAAUCAUGCAUCACAGAAGUGAGAUUUUUUGUAUACUACUUGAAAAAUUCAAAAACUACUGCAAAAAAACGGAACGGGUUUUAAUGAAUUUUACAGUAGAAAAUGAACUUCUCAACUUGAAAGAGAGUGAAAUUAUUCCACAGCUAAUUUUUCUCAUGCAGGAGAUGACACUUUAUAGCAUUGACCUAUGCUAUUUAUAUAUUUAUUGCUAUCAUAGAUUUAUUGCAAAGAAUCUAAUUAUUAAUGGGUUGAAAGGGGAAUGGAACGCUCAAACGUUGAAUCAAUAUAUUAACUUAUCUGCCGAGGUAAAAAAUCGCAUAUAUUUCGCAUGCGAAGUCGGACUAUUAAAUUCUCCAUACAUACAUCCAGUUUUUGAACAAGAAAUUAUUAGAUUGUACAGGGGAAUUGACGAUUCAUUGGAAUUAUUGUUACCUUUGUUAUAG